AGGUUACUAGUGUGGGGUGAGAUACUGAUGAUAGUAGUUAUUUUCUUAUAGUGUUGUUUAAGACCAUUUAUGUAAAGUUAACCAUUCAAAACUUUAAUGACAGUUAAAAUGUUAUUUGAGUAUCAUUGUAUUUGUAUGACUACUCUUCUAAACUUUCUGAAUUUAGAAAUGAUGAUUUUGAAGCAUAAGAAGUUUGGUGGUGCCCCUGCCUCUAGAGAAUGGGCAGUAGUGGCCACACCACAUGGCACUACCUCUGAUUUUUCUGCUGAAGCAUCGUAGCCAGGUUAUUGCCUUUUUUUCUGGAUUUGUUUAUCUUUAUUACAAAAGUUUGUUUUGAAAACCUUGACAACCAUCAUAUUUGGAGAAGCUUUUGUAUGUGUGUUUGCCAGCAAAUCUUAAUUCUAUAUUACAUGAUGUUACCAAAAUGAUCAAUCUGAUGCAAUCUAAGCCAGUGCUAUUGUUUUUCAGCUUUGUUCCAAGAAGCAAAAUUCUGCUUUCUUCUUUUCUUAUCAAAAUGCGUUUGUUGCCCAAAGGAAGAGAUUCUCGAGUCAAUUUAUCAUCUAAAAUAUUUUUUUUUGGUUGGGGAUUAUGAAUGACUUACUUUGUAGAUCUGUUGAAGGAUAGUAAAUGACUGAAUUGACUAAUAUUCUAGAGUACCUUAGUGAAGGUCCACUUGAAAUUAUAUUUAUAUAUACAGUAGAGAGAGAAAUUUAAAGCAAAAAUUCUCAGUGUUUUGUUUAGAAUCUGUAAGGAGAAUCAUUAAGUACAACAACAUCUGUGAAUGCUUCAGGGAAAACUUCAUUACCUUGGACUCAUCUUUGACCCUUCCACUCUCACAUUUCGUAUGCAAUCUAUCAGGAAGUGGCAUCUGCUUUCCCUUCAAAGCAUGUUCAUAAUGGUUACUUCCCAAUGCCUCUACUACUCACUACUACAGUCCUCACUGAGACACCACUAUCUAUGACCUGGAUUAUUUUAAUAGCCUCCCAGCUGUAAAUAAAUAAAAGAAAAGUCAAGUAAGCUUUUUAUUAAUGUGUUUAUUUUCUUCUAACACAAGUAUUUAGAAUCUGUUAUUUAAAAAAUACCAAACAACUAUCCUGAUACUAGCUUGUACUUGAUAAUUCUUGUCCACUUGAGAAAAUCAUCUUUUGGGGAGUUGAGAGCAACACAUUAGAAUUCAUUGACCACAUGAAUUAAGUGACAAAAACCACAGAAGUAAAUGGUAACAAUUGAAGUGAAGGCAAUUAAUAUAGAGAACUCUAAUUAAAAGCUUCUACAUGAAUUUAGUAGAUUAGAGAAAGUUCCUUGAAGAAGGAUGAAAGUGAGCUGUGUGUCAGAGGACAUGGAGGAGUUAGAGCAAGGGGGCCAAGUGGCAUCUUUGCAGUUGUUCUAAGGUAGGAAUUAGCUCAGUGUUUUCGGAGAUGUGUACUAGUUGGACGGAAAAAGAGCAGGUAUAUUUGAAGGAGAUUGGGGAUAAGAGAAUGACGUGAAAAUUCAGAUUAUGGGAGCUCACUUGGUAAUUUGUUGGAGUCGUCCUAAAUGUUGAGAAUCCUGAUCUGGACCUGGAGAUGGUGAAGGAGGUGGACCUGGUGAAUACUGUUUUUAGGAAAUCUUAAGUGGAGUUGAGUCCAAACCAGAGCAACACAUUAGCUUGCUAACAGGGGAUCUAGAGCAUGACAACAGGAGAUCCAGGGCAGAGCAUUUCAGAGCUCUGAUAGGCAGACAGUAGACCUGGAUUAUAUUUUGGCAGAGAGCAUUUUGGCCGAACAAAUGUAAUCAAAAGCAACAUGGUGAAAGCAACUUUGUGUGUUAGUUUGGUUGAAACAGACUUUGGGAACAAAAUGAGCAUGUUAACCACUGGCAUUCAAGAAGGAGAAAACAUUUUCUAUUUGGCAGUUGAAGAUAUAGACACAGACACGGAACUUCUGAUUGGCUACCUGGAUAGUGACAUGGAGGCCGAUGAGGAAGAACAGCAAAUUGUGACAGUCAUCACAGAAGGGGAAGUUGAAAAUUCUAGAAGACAAUUAACAGCAGGCGGAAAAGAUGGCCUUGGCUGUAAAGAGGACUAUGCUUGUCCUCAGUGUGAAUCGAGUUUUACCAGUGAGGAUAUUCUUGCUGAGCAUCUUCAGACAUUGCACCAGAAACCCACAGAGGAGAAAGAAUUUAAGUGCAAGAGCUGUGGGAAGAAAUUCCCAGUUAAGCAGGCUUUGCAAAGACAUGUUCUUCAGUGCACAGCAAAAAGCAGUCUGAAGGAGUCUUCACGAAGUUUUCAGUGCUCUGUUUGCAAUUCUUCCUUCAGUUCAGCAUCAAGUUUUGAGCAGCACCAGGAGACUUGCCGAGGGGAUGCCAGGUUUGUGUGCAAGGCUGACAGCUGUGGAAAGAGACUGAAGAGCAAGGACGCCCUGAAAAGACACCAGGAAAAUGUCCACACUGGAGAUCCUAAGAAAAAGCUUAUAUGUUCAGUGUGCAAUAAAAAGUGUUCUUCAGCGUCAAGCCUACAGGAACAUAGAAAGAUUCAUGAGAUAUUUGAUUGUCAAGAAUGUAUGAAGAAAUUUAUUUCAGCUAAUCAGCUAAAACGUCAUAUGAUCACCCACUCAGAAAAACGACCCUAUAAAUGCGAGAUUUGUAAUAAGUCUUUCAAGAGGCUUGAUCAAGUGGGUGCUCAUAAAGUAAUACACAGUGAAGACAAACCUUACAAAUGCAAACUUUGUGGAAAGGGAUUUGCCCACAGAAAUGUUUACAAGAAUCAUAAGAAGACCCACUCUGAAGAGAGACCAUUCCAAUGUGAAGAAUGUAAAGCUUUGUUCCGGACCCCAUUUUCUUUACAGAGACACCUGCUAAUACAUAACAGUGAGAGGACUUUCAAGUGCCACCACUGCGAUGCUACCUUUAAGAGGAAGGAUACAUUAAAUGUUCAUGUCCAGGUGGUUCAUGAAAGACACAAGAAGUAUAGGUGUGAGCUAUGUAAUAAGGCCUUUGUUACACCUUCAGUGCUUAGAAGUCAUAAGAAAACACAUACAGGAGAAAAGGAGAAAAUCUGCCCAUACUGUGGCCAGAAAUUUGCCAGCAGUGGUACACUCAGAGUUCAUAUCCGGAGCCACACAGGUGAACGUCCCUAUCAGUGCCCUUACUGUGAAAAAGGAUUCAGUAAAAAUGAUGGACUGAAGAUGCACAUUCGUACUCACACCAGGGAGAAGCCGUACAAGUGCUCAGAGUGCAGCAAGGCCUUCAGCCAGAAGCGAGGCCUGGAUGAGCACAAGAGGACGCACACUGGAGAAAAGCCUUUUCAGUGUGAUGUUUGUGACUUGGCUUUUAGCCUGAAGAAAAUGCUGAUUCGACACAAGAUGACUCAUAAUCCCAAUCGUCCACUGGCAGAAUGCCAGUUUUGCCAUAAGAAGUUUACAAGGAAUGACUACCUCAAAGUGCACAUGGACAAUAUCCAUGGUGUAGCUGACAGCUAAUGGGGGCUGUAAAGGAAUUAAACUAUUCAGAAAGGCUCCUAAUAUGAAUCCCAGAUUUUUCUCACCUGAUCAGCAUAACAGAAGUAGCCAAAAGUAACUUACUGUUCUCAUAGUUCUUAUUUGCCUACAUUUAGAGUCUGUAGAUGCAUAUGCAACCAAAAAGAAUCUUAUUCUUACUGAGAAAUGGUAUAAAUGGAAAAAAAAAUACAACUCCGUAGCCUUGCAAAAUGCAACUUGUGCUCUGUCUUAUAAAAAUGGAGAAAGGAGUCAUGGCUCUCUUUCUUGGCCAUCUCUCUGUAAUGAAGUUUAUUAAUAUACUUCCCUUAUAGGCUUCUUUA